UAUCCUCGAGAUCGUGUAACUUGUCGCACGUUUUCCCGUCGACCAUCGUCGAUCGCUCGCAACCAGGACCGGUCGGUUUGCCAACAAGUUCUGCUCGCGUGGUCCCUUCGAUUCAUCGAGCUCGCUGCUCACUCGAUCGGUCGCUGCUGCGAGAACCGGUGGCUAUCAGGGUCGCUUCACGAGGAUCAUUUCUCUCUUUGUCGAGUCCUUCGCGGCGAGCAAAACUGGAUCGGCGACGAUGAAGAUCGCCACCACAUUGUUCCUCUUCGUGGUCGUCGGAUGUACGUGGCGAGAGGCGCUAGGCACGUGUGUGUUUCAGUCGGACUUUGGUUUCGUGCUAAACUGCGCAUUCAAAAAGUCCGGCCUCUUCCGAGUGCGAAACCUCGGAGGUGUAAAGGGCUACGUCGGCCUGGGAUUCUCCGUCGGGGACGAGCUGGGCUUCAGCCAAUCGCUUUCCAACUUGGAGAGUGCGAAGAGAAGGAGCGUGCAAGCGAACAGAGCCAACGGGUCCGCGUUUAAUCCUUCGAAUACGGCGAGCAAUCGCGAUGACGCGCGUACGACGUCGCUGAACAACCGGUCGGUAGUGCCGCCUUUUAAGCCCUUGCCGGUCGGCGCGGCUCGUCCGAUGGCGCAGCAACCUGAACGCCAGAAGCUGGUGGUGCAGCAGAACGCAACAGCCAUCGGCAAACAAGGCACUUCAGCGAUGCAGCCGCUGGUGCAGCAAGAAAUAACAGCCCUGCGCCAACAGCAGCAACGGAUGCACCAGGAGGCCAAGCUGAAGCAGCAACAGAGGAUGCAGCAGGAGGCAUUGGCGCUACAGGUGCUGAAGCAGCAACGACUCCAGCAGCAGGAAGCCAUGAGGCAACAGCAGGUGCAGAAGCUGCAGCAACAUCAGAGGCAACAGCAAUUGCUCGCGCAACAGCCGCAAUCCAUGGUGCUGCAGAGAAAAACGGACCAAGCGAACUCGCAACCUCAAGUGAUAACAGUGCCGAAGCUGCCCAAUAUCGUAGCCGCGAUCCCGUCAGGCGGUCAGGUGGUCGAGGUCGACGCUCUUCCGUCGUCCAAGACAGCGACUAAUAUGGCCUCAUUGAACGGUGCUUUGCCGCCUUUCGUCGCAAUGCCACCGUCAUCGGCAAAAAUCACGGACAGAAUCAGCAACAGUGGCACUUUGCUGCAAGACUCUGACAACGAGGUAUCGAAAGAUGACUACAGCCAGGUACAGCUACCUCUGCCAAGCGACGAAAUGGCUGCUUCGGUGAAUGAGAUGACUCUACUUUCGCUGCAGCCUGUAUCUGAAAACGGCCAAUCGUUACCUUUUCAGUACAACGAUAAACGACAGACCAUCAAUAUACCCUCUUUGGCUCCCAUCCAAGGUAUGGAAACUUCCUUGAAGACCCUCGCUGAGGCGAGUAACAUUACUCUAGAGGCGUUGGAGACGGCGAUUCUUCUGAAACAACAGCAGAUCCUCAAGAAGCAGCAAGGACCAACGACCACGACGAGCAGCACGACGACGACUACAGCGGCGCCUCUUAAAAACAGAUACAACUCCGGAGCUACGAAGGUGAUGAACGCACCGCGAGAGUACUAUCCUGUAGGAUACGACAAGAACUUCGACGACAAUUUUGCAAGUCGCGUCGAUCUGCCCGACACGAGCUUCUAUUGCGGCGACCAAAAGCACUUUCCGGGUCUUUACGCCGAUGAGGACCUCGGCUGCAUGGUGUUCCACGUUUGUGCACUGACGGACGACGGUCUGAUCAUGAAGAGCUUCUUGUGCCCCGAGUCAACCCUGUUCGACCAAACGAUCCUCAAGUGCAACUGGUGGUUCUACGUGGACUGCAAAGCCUCGAAGAGCUUGUACGACAGUAAUAUACCCAUCAGCAAGAGCUAUCAGCUGAUGAAGGCCUUGGCGUUCUUCUCGGCGUACAAAAAUCACGACAACGGUACAAGCAACGCGGACGAAGCGAGCGAAGAGGACAGUUCAUGAAGCGAGCGAAAUCAAAUCAAAGAUUUGUUAGAAUCUAGACGUUCGGGGACUGUCUCGUCUCCAAAAUGCAACGUCUCAUCUAGUUUGAAGCUCCUGUCGCGCGCGACGAGAGGCUGUAUAUAUAUAUAAUUUAUUUUACUCGCAGGCGAUAGUAAGAGUAGACCUUUAAUUUAGAAACAUUGUAAAUAGUACAAAUUCUGGUUCGUCUGGUUGUUGAAUAAUAACUUGUAACAUUUUCGCGUAAAAUCCUCUUCCUCUCCCUUUCGGUCUCCCAUCGUUGAGAUUGGCGCGAAGCGACGAGAAAGAGAUGAAGGUGCAA